AUACAGCAGGCUCUAUUUACAGAGGAAGAGGUCCGGCUAGCAACAGAGCAGCACUCGAAAUACCUAAAAACAACCAAGGUUAACAUCUAUCAAAUCCAUUUCAAUCCUCCGUUACCCAGAGAGCUCAACCCUAAAAAUAUAGAUCAAUUCUAUAAAAUCUUCCACAAAAACCAAUAUCACCACCUAAAUAUUGAUAAUCACAUUCUGGUAAUCAUAUCUCAGCAAGACCUCACUAACACAUUACAGAAGACAAAUAUUCUUCUGCUGACUAAUAACCCACAACCAUGUCCCCAACUGGGGUUGGGGAUAGGGCAAUUACAGGCCCUCCAUGGCCGUCAUCAUGUACAAGCCAGAGCUAACGUGCUUCCUCCUACCAAUCAUUGGUGGACGGUUAACCUCUAUAAGAAUAGUAUGUAUUAUACAUUUUAUUUUUCCAUUCUCUAA